AUGGUGCGAUCGGCCAAAGAUGCCACCCGCUUCACGGCAACCACGCCAUAUGCCAGCGCCAAACCUCAGGGCCAGUUUACUCCUGCCCCGGUACACAUGGGCCAUGCCGCGCCUUCUGGAGAAACACCCCAGCAAAAGAUUGCGAGAUUAAGAGCUGCGGCCGCCAGAGCACGAACGGGCAAGGAAUCAAGCUUCGACGCCGUGGUCAGGGUUGGAAGAAAAUGGGCAGACAGAGCACACAGGGUGACUGCCUACUCACUGAUAGGCUUGACUGUCACCGCAUCCUUCGCCAUCGGAGACAUGCUCAUGCACAACCGCAAGAAGCGCAACGAAUGGCUCGCCGACCAACAAGCAAAGCACAAAGUCAAGAUUGACGAAGCCCGUGUGGCAUUCAACCAAGGCCUCGCCGACGAAGACCAAAUCCUCCUUCUCAAUCAAGAGCGCACCAAACUCGAGGCCGCCGAUUUGCAAAAGAAACAGCCUGGCAUGAUUAGCCGCAUCUUCUCGUCGGCACCAAAGGAAGAGCAGCAGGGUGGAAACUUGGGUGCUGCUGCGAGAGCCGCUGCUCAAGAUGCUGCGUUCGAGGUCAAGGAGACGGCGACUGCUGCGAAAGAGAAGGUCAAGGACUUGGGUAUUGUCAAGGCCGUGGAAGACAAGGUUGACGAGCACAAGUGGCAGAAGCCGCAAACAGUCGGCGCAGAGGCCGUGAUUGGAGGCCCGUUGGACAGAGAAGCAGCUGCUUCAGUGCUGGCAGUGCAAGAAAAGUCAAAGAGCUGGACAAACUGGUUGCUGAGGAGGUGA